AUGGCACCGCUAUUUCGCGCAGUUGCACUCCUGUGUUUUGUCACUGAGGCCCUAUCAGCCUGCACGACGAAGGGAAAACGCAGAGCAUGGCACACUCUAAGCAACUCGCAGAAGCUCGAGUAUAUCAACGCCGAGCUUUGUCUCAUGCAGAAACCCGCAAAACUCAAUCUCGGAGUCGGUAAAACGAGAUUCGAUGAACUCCAGGCAGUUCACGCGCUCCAAGCAUAUAUGACGCACCAUGUGGGCGCUUUCCUCCCCUUCCACCGCCUCCUCAUGCAAGCGCAUGAAGACGCUCUGCGAAAUGAAUGUGGCUACACUGGCCACCAGCCCUACUGGCAAGAGCAACUCGACGCCGGCAAAUUCACCUCGGCCACCAUCUUCGACCCGGUAUACGGGUUCGGCGGCGACGGCUCGGGCCGCAAUAACUGCAUCACAACGGGACCUUUUAAGAACUAUACGAAUCGGUUGGGUCCGGGGUACCAGAUCACCGACCAUUGUAUCGACCGCAAGAUUAGCAACUCCGCUAGCCAGGGAAGCUCGGCAGCGAAUGUGAAUCAGUGUCUGCAGCAGACGACGUGGACGGGAGCAUGGAAUUGCAUUGAGGCGCAGCCGCAUGGUGGAGGUCACGGGGGUGUGGGAGGCCAGAUGCAAAACGGUGUCUCCAGCCCCGGAGAUCCUCUCUUCUACCUGCACCACACCUGGCUCGACAAAAUAUGGGCGGACUGGCAAGCCAAGGAUAAAGCAGCGCGCACCAAGGAGAUCGGUGGAACGAACAUCAUGCCUGAUAACCAGGUCGGCUUUCCGGCUCGGCCAUCAAAUAUCCCGAAACCGACAGGCGCCCCUGGUGACCCUGGAACCACGACUACUUUGAACCAUGUGCUGGACAUGAAGGGGAACUCGCCGAAUAGGACUAUUGCUGACGUUAUGGACAUUGUGGGUGGCAUUUUGUGCUACGAGACCAAGGAGGCAGUGUCCGGGGAGCGCUCCAAGAAGGUCGAGCAGCUGUCGAGUGUCACCAAGGACGUGCAUGAUGGAAACUCGACAAUCACCUCUGAUUAUGGCGUUAAGCAGCACAAUACGGAUGAAUGGUUGAAGGCGGUGACGGACGACAAGAAUGGCCCUCUUCUUUUGGAGGAUCCGUUCGCACGCGAGAAGAUCAUGCGAUUUGACCAUGAGCGCAUCCCCGAACGUGUCGUCCACGCCAGAGGCGCCGGUGCCUUCGGAAAAUUCACCCUCCAGGAAUCUGCCGCAGACGUGACCUCUGCCGGCGUCCUCACAGACACGUCUCGCGAGACACCCGUCUUCGUACGCUUCUCCACUGUCUUGGGUAGCCGUGGCUCCGCCGACACCGUCCGCGAUGUUCGGGGCUUUGCCGUCAAGUUCUACACCGAAGAGGGCAACUGGGACAUUGUCGGCAACAACAUUCCCGUGUUCUUUAUUCAAGAUGCGAUCAAGUUCCCCGACGUCAUUCACGCCGGAAAGCCGGAGCCUGAUUGUGAAAUCCCUCAGGCACAGUCCGCACAUAACAACUUCUGGGACUUCCAGUACAUGCAUCCCGAGGCAACGCAUAUGUUCAUGUGGACCAUGUCGGACAGGGCAAUCCCCAGAAGUUGGCGCAUGCAGCAGGGUUUCGGGGUAAACACCUUCACCCUCACCAACGACAAGGGAGAGAGGCACUUCUGCAAGUUCAUCUGGACACCCGAGUUGGGCGUACACAGCCUUGUCUGGGACGAGGCCUUGAAGAUUGCUGGUCAGGACCCUGACUUCCACCGUAAGGACCUCUGGCAGGCCAUCGACAGCGGCUCCUAUCCCAAGUGGAAGUUUGGUAUUCAGGUUAUCCCGGAAGCCAAGGAGCAUGAUUUCGAUUUUGACAUCCUUGAUGCCACCAAAGUGUGGCCUGAGGAGCUCGUCCCCAUACGGUACAUUGGUACUUUGGAGCUGAACCGCAACCCGGACGAGUUCUUCUCGCAGGUCGAGCAGAUUGCCUUCUGUACCUCGCACGUUGUCCCAGGUAUCGGCUUUUCUGAUGACCCCCUUCUCCAAGGUCGCAACUUCUCCUACUUCGACACCCAGAUCAGCAGACUGGGUGUUAACUUCGAAGAGCUUCCUAUCAACCGUCCUGUGUGCCCCGUCAUGAACCACAACCGUGACGGUUCCAUGCGUCACACCAUCACCAAGGGCAAGGUGAACUACUGGCCCAACCGCUAUUCUGCAGUGCCUCCCACAAAACCCGAAGACGGCGCAUACGUCGACUACCCCGCGAAGAUCGCAGGCAUCAAGGCCAGGACCCAGAGCAAGAAGUUCAGAGAACAUAUCAGCCAGGCUGAACUGUUUUACAACUCGCUCUCCCCCCACGAGAAGUUGCAUCUCACCAACGCCCUGGGCUUUGAGCUUGACCACUGCGACGAUCAUGUCGUCUACGAGCGCAUGGUCGACCGUCUGGCGGAGAUUGACCUCACUCUGGCUCAGAGCGUCGCCGAAAUGGUCGGCGGUGGAGUACCACAGAAGGCUAAGCGGCCGAAGCACAACAAGAAGGCGAAGGGUCUCUCGCAGGUCGACUAUGCCCCUUCGACUCCAACGAUCGCCACGCGUAUGGUUGCCAUCAUCAUUGCAGAUGGCUACGACCCGAUCGCGUACAAUGGCAUUCGCGCCGCUCUCUCUGCCGCCGGUGCGCUCCCUUUUACUAUCGGUGUUCGACGCAACAAGAUCUGGGCUGCCGGUGAGGAAAAGGGCAGCAAGACGGGCGGCGUCCAGCCAGACCACCAUCUCGAAGGCAUGCGCUCCACGCUCUUCGACAGCGUCUUCAUACCGGGCGGCGCCCAAUCCAUUGCCACUCUCCGCAAGAACGGACGCGCCGUGCACUGGGUAAGGGAAGCGUUUGGGCACCUCAAAGCCAUUGGCGCUACGGGUGAGGCCGUCCAGUUUGUCCGCGAGGCGUGCGAUAUCCCGGGCAUGCAGUUCUCGACCUCUGCCGAGGUGGUGGAGAGUUACGGUGUCGUGACGGUAGCGGAGGUGCAGCCGCAUGGAUUCAAGGAGGCCGUGAAUAUGAUGAAAGGGGCGAAGGACUUCUUGAGCGCGUAUGGGUAUGCGAUUUCCCAGCAUAGGAAUUACGAGCGUGAAUUGGAUGGGUUGAACAAGAUGGUGGCUUAUUGA